AGGACGCCUCCUCCAGUCGCUUCUUGACGUCAGGGUAGAUCCCGCAAUUAUUGCAUAGAAAGGGAAUUGCGGAUAGAUAAAGAGGCAGAAGAGGACCAUCCGUCCGUACGAACAGACGAUCAGUUCCUGAGUGGAAAUCAACUAUACAAUGCCUUUAGGAGAGGAUGAAAAUGGAUGGAAAAAGAAGACAACAGAUAUCAAGGAAAAUUAUGAUUUCAAGGAGGUCUUGGGGACGGGGGCGUUCUCUGAGGUGUUCCUGGCUGAGGAGAAGAAGACCCAGCGACUCGUGGCCAUCAAAUGCAUCCCUAAGAAAGCAUUGGAGGGCAAGGAAAACAGCAUUGAGAAUGAGAUUGCUGUGCUACACAGAAUAAAACAUGAGAAUAUUGUUUCACUGGAAGACAUCUUCGAAAGUCAGUCGCAUUUGUAUUUGGUCAUGCAGCUCGUAUCGGGGGGAGAGCUCUUUGACAGGAUUGUAGAAAAGGGCUUCUACACCGAGAGAGAUGCCAGCAAACUCAUUCGGCAGAUUUUAGAUGCAGUGAAGUAUCUGCAUGAUAUGAACAUUGUGCACAGAGACCUGAAGCCAGAGAAUCUGUUGUACUACAGUAUGGAGGAGGACUCCAAUAUCAUGAUCAGCGACUUUGGCCUGUCUAAGAUCGAGGACUCAGGAAGUGUGAUGUCAACUGCCUGUGGAACACCUGGAUAUGUAGCUCCAGAGGUCUUGGCACAAAAACCAUACAGUAAAGCUGUAGACUGUUGGUCCAUAGGAGUGAUUUCUUAUAUUCUUCUAUGUGGCUACCCUCCGUUUUACGAUGAAAAUGAUUCCAAGCUGUUCGAGCAGAUUCUCAAAGCAGAGUAUGAGUUUGACUCUCCAUACUGGGACGACAUCUCUGACUCAGCCAAGGAUUUCAUCAGUCACUUGAUGGAGAAAGAUCCGUCUCUGAGAUACACAUGUGAGCAGGCUUUACAGCACCCAUGGAUUUCUGGAGACACGGCUCUCGACAGGAACAUUCAUGAGUCCGUCAGCGCUCAGAUCAAGAAGAACUUUGCUAAAAGUAAAUGGAAGCAAGCAUUCAAUGCGACAGCAGUGGUCAGACACAUGCGGAGACUGCAGCUGAGCACCAGCCUUGAGGGUCCGAGCCAAAUUACCAGCACCAGCCCUUACCACAGACACCUGCUCCUGCCCGCCAAAGAGCUGGACCACGAGGAGGACGAGGACGAGGAGGAAGAUGACAACAGUUCCCCGAGUGGGGACGGCCGUCGAGGCAGUGCUGAUCGGGACAGUCUCAGAAGCUGUGCUUACUGCUGCCGUCCAACCAGCAGGAUCUGAAGCAGAACUCUGAGCCCAGCAGAACCUAGAGGAACCCAGGGGAACCCACACAUGCACGUCCACCGCACCCGUCUGACCCGGAACACAGAGCUUUCCUGGUAACAUGCACUAGAUGGAGCUAGUGCUGCUGGUGGGACGGACGGACUUGAGAAGGAGAGCAUCAUUGUUCCAGACGUUCAGACUUGGGUAUAUCAUUGACAGAUAUGUAACUUCUCUAUCAUUUAAUUUUGUCUGAUUAAUAUUUCUGUACCCCAACCAAAGAUGACAGUAUGUUUAAUUUGUACUUUUAUGUAAGGUUUAUUUAUUUAUUUUAUUAUUUUUUAAAGAAAACGUUCAGGUGUGUACCCCGUAGCAAUUUGGUCUCAGAAAGCCACUAGUUAUACAAAGUCUUAAUAAAUAUUCAUGUCUUAAGCCCCACUUGCUCAGGCAAUAAAUUCAUGACGAAACAAGAUGGUCAUAUCUUUAAGACAUUUCCACGCCUUAAUCCAUUGUAGCUUUGUUCUGUUUGGUAAUUAUCCAUGUGAUUGAUUUUGUGAUCUAGUUCAGACAGGUAUAAAAGAAGAGUAUCUCCAAGCUGUUACAGAGAUCACAUGAUCUCAUUGUGGGUGUAAACCAUCAUUUGAAGCAUGUGACUGAUGAGUUUAAGAGAUUUGAGACACAGUCCAAUGCUUUUUUUUUUCUUUUUACACCUAGAUUAAAUGCAAUAUCAAACCUAGAUAAUCUCCGUUUUAAAUAAAGUUUCUGAGUUUUAGAAUUUAUGGGGCGAAAGUAGUCUAUAGCUACUGAAUAUAAUAAGAUGUAUAUAUUUGAAUUGCAUAUAAAAUAUCCAGCCAUUUGAAUUACAGUUUUUAACCUAAACUAAUAAAUUAAUGUAAUGCAUAUUUGUCAUUCAUACUGCCAUGAAUUAAUGAAACAGGGAAGAUUUCUACAAUAUUACUAAUAAACUAAAUGUGUUUUAUAUACACAAUAACCAGUUUGUAUAUUUAUCCUCAAUAAAUCCAAUUUGUUUCAGUCUCAUACAUCUAAAUUAAUAUUGCCUGCUCCACAGCUAGCCAUAUUUUAACCGUUCAUACUUUUGUUUUUAACUGAAUAAAUAUGCUUGUUUUCACAAUUACCAGAUUUAUGCUGUUUCCAGGCAGUUUAAGUUAAUGCAUUUUGAUUAUUUGAUUAUAUUUAAAUGAAAUAUGCAAAUAGUUAACAAUAAAAUAUGUAAUUCAAUGCAAAAUCUUAUGUUUUAUUUAUGCGUGACAGACAAAUAUGCAUCACAUUAAGUUUACUUUGUUUAUACUAAAACUGUGCAAUCCAAAUGGAUGGAAAUAUUGUGAGCAAUUCAAAUAUAUAAACCUUAAAUUUCGGCCUAAGUGUAGUGAGAAGGCACACUCCCGCUAUGCUGCAACAUCAUGCCGCUUUUUAAGACACCUUAUUUUAGCCAAAAAUAUAUGGUAGAGUGAAUUCUUUACUUUGAAAGCAAUCUCAUGAUGCAGUGCAACAACUUUAGUAAAUAUAUUUAUCUAAAUAUUUAAAAGUAUUAGAAAAAAUACUGACUAUUUAACCCAAUAUUUGUGUGAGCUAUUUAGAUUUAUGCUUUUUCAAGUAUGCCUGCAUCAAAUUCUGUUGCAAUCAAUUGUGAGUCGAGUUUCGUAUGUGCUUCACACGAGAGGCAUUAUUUAAGCUUACUGGAACAAAUGCUGAUUAACUACUUUGUGUCGCAACGCUGGUUAAGUUUUGCAACCGUAAAAGAAAUCAAUUUUUUAAUGUUGUGCAUGUUGUGUGAGCUGAUUGGUUGAUUGUUAAGAUUCUUUUGUUUGGGUCGCUGGCCAUAAUCUUUACUGUUCUUCUGUGCAGAAGACAUCUAAUGUUUGCAUAACCUCGUAAAAAUAUGUUUACAAGAGCGAUGAUCAAAUUCAUAUCUUUACUACAAUACUAAUUGCAAACUGUGUCAAAAUGUCAUUGUGAGAUCGGAGGCACAAGAAAUUUUGACAAUUAAUCUGUUUCUUUUUCUUUAUAAAAUAUAGAUGUUAUGUUUUAAGUCAAAAUUGCUGAUUGCUGAGACCUCAGUACUGGCCUUUUUGAUUAAUGCAAAAAGAACAAUGCAAGAACAUUUAUCACCUUGUUUCAUCAGUAUAUCAUAUCAGUGCCAAUUUGAGCACAUUGCUUACUUGAAGCCAACAAUAUAUAAAAUAUCAAGUAUUUUGUUUUGCUAAUGGACCCCUAAUACUAAAUACUUUUUCCUUUUAAACAUAUGAAUGAUUAGUCUUGUGUCUUUAUUAUUUAUUGAUUAUUUAUCAUUUAUUUAUAAGUGUGGUCAAUGUAACAGCAUUUUAAUUUUUAUGUAAAAUCUUUUCUUUCUUUUUUUGAUAUAUAUAUUAAAUUAAAUUAAAUUCUAAAAUAUUAAGUACAUAUAUAAUUAAAAUAUUUCAUUUUAGAACUGAGUCAAACCCAAGUGCAAUCAAUGAUGUAAUUCGUGUAAAAAUGCAACAGUCUAACGAGCAGUUCAGCAAUCAGUUCAUUAUGGUAAUUAUGCAAACUGCUUCAGAAGGUCGGAUUAAAUAUCAUUAAGAGUCAUCUAUGACUUACUUUGGCUUUGAAAAGUACUAUAGGAAGUUACACCUCUGUUAUUGGGUAGUUAAUUCCUCCCUUUAGUAGUAGUUCAAUCAAUUAUGACAUUUUUUUUCACAUGGAAAUGUGCACACUUCAGAAAGUGAAGAGGAGACACAAAUACAGUAUGUGUAUUAUACAUAAACAUGAUGUAUACAUAUAUUGUAUAUCUUUUUUGUAAAAGCUACAAAUGUAUGGAUGCAAUGCAUCAUGUGUUAUUAAUGGAGUUAUGAAGAGCCAAUGAUUUAUACCCUUCAAAUAUACAGUUAGUAGCACGUUAUGAAUAAACACUCCUUGUCUAUGCAUUGUGUGUGCAGUAAAAUCUUUGUGUACAGUGCAAAUAAAGUUCACAUCAGAGUGCUAUGCAAA